GCUGCAUAAGAACCAGCCGAAUUCUUGGAGUCCGUUUUUCGGGUAGGAUAGUAAUGAUGGGAAGUGACGGCAAUAACAAGAGUUAUCCGAAAUGGCCUUCAACCAGAUUCAGCCUGGCUCUUCUGGGCUGGAUUGGGUUUGCACUCGUUUAUGCUAUGAGGGUGAACUUGAGCAUUGCUAUUGUGAAGAUGGUGGAGGAGCCGCCGCUGAAACACAACCGAGCUAACGAAGCGGAGAAUAAACUACUCAAUGAGCUCUCAGAAGAGUGUCCGAUGAGUGACAGUGGCAGUGUCAGUUUGUUACCUCGUGGAAGAUCAAAAGCAGAAGAAGAUAAUGCGAUCUCACUUGGGUCUCUGGAGAGGUAUGUGUGGAGUGAACAGCAAGUGUCAUCAAUCAUGGGUGCUUUCUACUACGGAUACAUGAUCAUGCAGAUCCCUGGAGGAUACUUGGCCACUGUGUACGGAGGCAAGUGGGUCUUCUCCUUCGGAGUCGCCAUGGCCUCCAUCCUCACCCUCCUCACUCCCUCUGCUGCCGCAAUGGGCCCACACGCACUAUGGUUAGUCCGCUUUCUGAUGGGUCUGUUCGAGGCAGUCACCUUUCCCUCCUUCACUGCCAUGCUGGGUCAAUGGGUUCCCAUCUUCGAGAAGAGCAUGUUCUCUGCGUUGUCUCUCUCUGGGGGCACAUUUGGAAACGUAGUCUUCCAGAUACUCAUGGGCUACAUAUGCUCCUACGACAGUAUCGGUGGCUGGCCUAUGGGCUUCUAUUUGAUCGGCUCUCUGGGUUUGCUAUUUGUGUUCUACUGGAACAAACACAUCUCCAGUUUUCCUCAGGACCACCCUUCUAUUGAUCCACUUGAACUGGAGUUCAUUCAGAGAAACACACAGCCUGUUGUUCCUGGAGGAGUAGCCGGUGGCUCCAGCAGUAGCAGUGGUAGUAGUAGUAGUCUGCCCUGGCGAAAAGUUUUCUCCUCCACGCCUAUGUGGGCCAUCAUUUGUGCUCACUUUGGAAACACCUUCUUGCAGUAUGGACUCAUGACAUGUUUGCCCCAAUACCUGUCACAUGUGCUCAAUUUUGACAUUUCUCAGAACGGCCUUCUCUGUGCUCUGCCGUGGGCCUUCUGCUUCAUGGUGACUCAAUUGGUCUCCUAUAUCACGGACAAACUCCGAGAGGCCAGAGUGGUAACGACGACUCGAAUCAGGAGAAUCAAUGGACUCAUCGGUGCCCUCACACCCGCCUUGUUUCUGGUGUUGACUGGCUACUCUGGGUGCAACUACGUGAUGGCCGUGUUCUGUCUUACCCUGGGUCUCUCGUUUGCAGGCUUUACUGCCUCCGCGUACAACUGCAACCACCUCGACCUGUCCCCACAACACGCAGGAACCCUCUUUGGUAUCACUAACACAUUCGCAACCAUGUCUGGUUUCCUUGCACCUGCCCUGGCAUCCUGGUUGACCUCAGCCAAUCCUAGAGACAGAGUAUUGUGGCAGCAGUACUUCUACAUAACAGCUGCAGUGGACGCGCUAGGAGGCACUUUCUAUUUUCUCUUCGCCUCUGGGGAAUUACAGAAUUGGUCUUCUCAGAAGGGAUCAUCAUCUUAUGCAAAGCUCAAAAAGCGGGUUGAAACAGUGUGACUGAGUUGGAAGAAUUUAAAAAUUGUGACCUACUUUAAAAAUGCCCGUUUGCAGUGAAUCUUGAAGUUUAGAUUCGAAAUGUGUGCUACUUAGCUGGCUUAAACUGACAUGUUUAUUGCCAACAAUCAUGUUGGGAUGCAGGAGUUUUUGAAGUAGAUCCCAGAAUCUUCAAUUAAGAAAAGCUUGACAAGUCUCGGUGCUUUGUAUUUAUUUGUAUAAAUAUCAAAAAUAAAUAUUUUUAAGAGUAAUGAACGUAGUUAUUUUUUUCAGGAAAGAGUCUUAAAAUAUUGAUGCACUUAGAUAUAUAUGCAAUUUUUGAGUUCAAUUGAAAUUCAUCUGCUGAAAGUGACACCAAUAGCACUCUACAAAUAGGAACGUUCAAAUGGCGCCAAAA